UUGCCAUUAUCUUUUUAAAGCAGUAACAAUGACAAGUCAAUAUGAAAAAUUAUCAUGGAAGGAAGUGAGAGACUUAUUUAGGACAUGGAGAGAAGAUAGUGAACGUAAAAGUCAAGAUGUUGUGGAUCUAUGGGAAUCCAAACUAAUGGCAAAAAUUGACCAACUUGGCAAUGAAAGAUAUUUGGUUUUGGAACAAGUGUGUAUAGCUGCAUUGGAUUGUUGUCGUCUUUCUUUAGCAGAAUACUGCAUUAAGAUAUUAAAGAAAGAAUUUCCUAGCAGUUUAAGAGUUCAUAAAUACCAUGCUAUGCAUUUAGAAGCUUUGGAAAUGUAUGAUGAAGCAUUAGAAGUUUUGGAUUCUAUUAUAAAAAGGGAUGAAACUAAUGCAGUACCAAGAAAAAGACGUAUAGCUAUAUUAAAAGCAAAAGGUCGAAUAUCAGAAGCUAUUAAAGAGCUUACAGAAUAUUUAAGAAAAUUUAUGAGUGAUCAAGAAGCAUGGCAUGAAUUAUGUGAUUUAUAUUUACAAGAACAAGAAUAUUCUAAAGCUGCAUUCUGCAUGGAAGAACUUAUAUUGCAUAAUCCACAUAGCCACUUAAUUUAUCAAAGAUAUGCAGAAAUAAAAUAUUCUCAGGGUGGUUUUGAAAACAUGGAAUUGGCAAAAGCAUAUUUUUGUCAAGCUGCAAGAUUGAAUCCAAACAAUAUAAGAGCUUUGUAUGGCUUGUUAUUGGCAACAAAUAACAUUGCUACAUCACCUAAAUGCACUUCUUCUAAAAAAAAAGAUGCAAUAAAAUUAAGUGAAUGGGCAGCUAAUCAAAUCGAAAAACAAUACGAAUCAAAAGUUUCGGACGAAAAUAUUAAAGCAUUAGAAGGAUUAUUAGGACAAUUGCAACUCGAAGUUUAA